AUGCUCCGGGAUUUGCAAAUAGCGAUCUCCCGUCAGAAGCGUCUGGCGGAGGCAGUUGGGAUGGGGGGAGGCAUGGAGGCGGCGGUCGGUUUCCCCCAGGUCUACGUCUCCGUAGGACUAAAUUUCUUGGGCGGAUGGCGACACCAUGGGGUUCCUGUCGGAGCAUCUCGUGAAUUGUCGCGUUCAUUCCUCAAUAUGGAAAACAGUCCAAUCCAGGCAUGGUCGACCGAGAAAAUGCAUGCACCUGUCAAGAAACCCCAAGGUGAAAUUGAAGCGACGAUAGGGAGGAAGACGCAGGCUGCCCGAAACAUCCUCAAGGCAUUCGUGAUCGCGGCAUGCGCGGCCCUUGCCAUCAGACAGGUGAUCCUCCUGAUCGAGGACUACCAGUCCAUACCGAGCAUCACAUUGUACGCGACGGAAAAUUCCCCGACGAUCAAGACUCCCGCAUUUACCUUCUGCCCGAAAUCAUCCAUACGAUCUUCCGUCAGUUCGGACUCGGGACCGACGGGAAACUACACGAUCGGCAAGAAAUUCAGGAAUGGCUCCAUUUCCCUGUCCGACUUUGUCUUGCAGGCUCCCGGGAAUAUGUCGUUUUGGAAAGUCGGGAACGUUUCGAUCCUCAACGGCGAAACCAUCACGUCGGUCGACGGAGAGAAUCUCUCGUUCUCAUGCAAGCGAAAAACCAACGGAAACCCCAGGAAAGCCUCGUCCUUCACGAAUCGCCCCGUCCAGAUGGAAAUAUACGUCCACGACGCGACGGAGGAAUACAACCGAAUCGAAUCCACCGAGUACGAGAUGUUCCUCCUGCGAGAAUGCAGCCUCCGCGUCCUCAUCCGUCCCGAAGUCACUCAGAGACUGAGCCGAUGGAACGACCCCUGCACCAUGGAGGAAGGCUACAGUUACACCAGGCUGAGCAUCCCGGAGAACUGUUUCUGGGAGAAUUUGCAGAAAAGGACGGACCUGCCCUGUCUCGAUCCCGCCUUCCUGCCAAAUGACGGCCGGCUGACGAAACCGGAAUGCAAAGACGCCGAUGACGAAACGAUCCAGCUGGGCAAGUUGGAUUGGGGAAAACCGGAAGUGUCGCACUUCCUGGAGCAGGAGAAGGUCCCCUUUGCUGGAUCUCCUCUCGAACGUCGGCGGAAUGCUGGGCCUCUGUCUCGGAGUUUCCCUCGUCGACAUCUUCAGCAUCUUCGAGGAGAUCUCUUCCCUCAUCUACCGGAAGCUGCUCUCACGGGGGCCUGCAGUCACCGACGGCAGCAAACAUUAAUCCCAUCUUGAAAUUCCUCAACUCGAUCAAUCUGUCUGUUCAGGCAUUUCACCCC